CGAUAUAAAGAGCUGUCUUCGCCAACUCGGAGUCAAAUCAAGUCAGCUUCCCAUCCAGACAGCAGCAUGAUCAAGAUUGUCAUCAUCUCUUUGGCUCUUUGCCUGGCGGUUGUUCUGAGUGCUCCAGUGGACCACGUCAGCUCCACCACCCAGCCACCGGUGGCCAUUCUCGAGUCAUCCCACGAAAAGCACGAGGACGGAUCCUACAACUUCUCCUACCUUGGCGAGGACGGCACCCACCGGAGAGAGGAGGCGGUGGUCAGGAACCAGGGCACCGAAAAUGAGUACCUCGAGAUCAGCGGCUCCUACUCCUACUUCGAUGCCACCGGGAAGGAAGUAACCGUCAACUACAAGGCCGAUGACCACGGAUUCGUGCCCGAGGGUGGAGCCAUCCUGCCUCAGAUUUCCCUGGCCGCCAAACAGGUCAGCGAGCAGGUGUCGCAACCAGAUCUUGAUUACGCUAAGCCCCCUAAGGUCUAAUAAACAAAUGGCGGAAAUGGAACCGAA